UAACGUCGGGCUUCCGUUUUCCUGUUUGGGUGCCGCAGCUGGAAAAAAUGGCAGCUGACACAGGGAGAUACAGGAGUGCAGUUAGCAAAAACAAAGACCCUUCUGGCCUCCUUAUCUCUGUCAUACGGACUCUGUCCAGCAGCGAUGAUGUGCAGGACAGGGAAACAGAGAAGGGGCGCCUGGAAGAGGCCUUUGAGACAUGUGACAGGGAUUUAGAUGAACUGAUUGUUCAGCAUUAUGCUGAACUUACCACUGCCAUUAGGACUUACCAGAGCAUCACUGAGCGCAUUACCACCUCCCGCAACAAGAUCAAACAGGUGAAGGAGAACCUCCUGUCUUGUAAGAUGCUGCUCCACUGCAAAAGGGAUGAGCUGAGGAAGCUGUGGAUCGAGGGCAUCGAGCACAAGCACGUCCUCCAGCUGCUGGAUGAAAUUGAAAGCAUCAAGCAGGUACCUCAACGGCUGGAGGCUUAUAUGGCAAGCAAGCACUACCUUCAUGCCACGGAUAUGCUGGUGUCAGCCGUGGAGUCCUUGGCAGGCCCCCUGUUGCAGGUGGAAGGCCUUGGAGAUCUGCGUCUGGAGCUCCACAGCAAGAAGCUCAACAUCCACCUUGUACUGAUUGAUGAGCUACACCGACACCUCUACAUCAAGUCCACAAGUCGUCUGGGACACAAGAACAAGGACAAAAAUGCUGCUCGCCCUGCAGGCUCCACAGCCAAAGACACAUCUCCAAUGUUGGAUGUCAGCAGCCUGUCAACCCCGCGCAAGCUUUUGGAUUCAUCACAGUUCAGCACACCUGGAUCCAGCAGUGUGCGUGAGCUGCAGCAGGAUGUGCGUGAGUUGAACCAAGCGGACCUCCCUGAGGUGGAUCCAGAGGAGAACAGUGCUGAGUUCAUGGGCAUCCUCAUCAGGGCUCUGGCCAAGUUGAAGAAAAUCCCUGAGACCAUCAAAGCCAUAAUGGAGCGGCUGGAACCUGAGCUGAAACAGAUAGUCAAGAGGUCCACCACUCAGAUUGCAGACCACGCUUACCAGAGAGGAGAAAACCUGGCCCAGGAGAGUCAGCCAAGGCUGCUGCUGGAGCUGCUGGAGCUUCUGUUUGACAAGUUCAAGGCAGUGGCACAGGCUCACAGUGUCGUGUUGGCCCACCUGCAGCGGAUCGUGGUGCAGUGCCCAGGCAAGGCUCACGAAGAAGGCAUCAAGCUCUACGAGCAGGCUGACGUCUCUGCCAAGAUCCAGACAGUGCUGCAGGUUCUGCUUAUGGAGUAUCUGGAUGUGAAGAACAGCCGCAGUGCCACAGAGCCGUCUGCUCAGCUCUCCUAUGCCAGCACUGGCAGUGAGUUUGCUGCCUUUUUUGCGAAGAAAAAACCACAACGUGCCAAGCAGUCGCUCUUCAAGUUUGAAUCAUCUUCCCAUGCCAUCAGCAUGAGUGCCUACUUGAGAGAGCAGAGGCGAGAACUCUACAGCAAGAGUGGAGAAUUACAAGGUGGCGCUGAUGACAACCUAAUUGAGGGGGGAGAAAUGAAGUUUGUGUGUAAACCGGGAGCGAGGAACAUCACUGUGAUCUUCCAGCCUCUUCUCGGGUUCAUUCAGGAGAUAGAGAUGAACAUGGGGCCGGGCCAGGCCAAGCAGUGCCAGCUCCGAGCCUUCCUCACUUAUUACAUCAAUGACCUCUUCCUCAACCAGGUGCGAACAGAGAUCAACAAGGAAAUUGAGGCAGUGAGCAAGGCAGCUGACCCCUUGAAGAUCCUUGCCAGCGCUGAUACUAUGAAGGUUCUGGGUGUCCAGAGACCUCUGCUGCAGAGCACAGUGGUAGUGGAGAAGUCCAUCCAGGAUCUAAUGAGCUUAAUGCAAGACCUGAGUGCCUACUCCAACCAGUUCCUCGAGAUGGUUUGCGACAAGCUCAAAGAGUACAAGGAAAUCUGCAACACAGCCUACAGGGGUAUUGUCCAGUGUGAGGAGAAGCUCACCAUCAGUGCUUCCUGGUCUAAAGACGAAGACAUCAGUCGCCUGCUCCAGUCACUCCCUAACUGGGCAAAUAUGGCCCAACCCAGACAGACCCGACAAAAGAGAGAGGAUGAGGAGGACUUUACCCGGGCGGCUUUCGCUAAGGAGUCGGAGGUGCUGACCGGAAACCUAGGUGACAAGUUAAUCCCCCAGAAUGAGAUUCUGCGUGAUGUCAGUGACCUGAAGGCACUGGCCAACCUUCACGAGAGCAUGGAGUGGCUUGCCGGUCGUCUCAAAACGUUCUUCUGCAACUUUCCUCAUGCUUCCAAUGUGUCUCCAUGCUCAGCAGACAGCCAGUUGGUCGGUGAGAGCGAACGGAGCAGGGAGCACAUUCUUCAGACCCUGAGUGACCUGUCCAGGGGCUUUCAGGACAUUGCAGACCGCUGUCUCCUGGCAUUGCACCUGGAGGUCAGGGUGCAUUGUUUCCAUUACCUGAUCCCCCUGACUAAGCAAGGCAAUUAUGCCAUUGUGGCUAAUGUGGAGAGCAUGGACUACGACCCACUGGUGGUGAAACUGAACAAGGAUAUCUCAGCCAUAGAGGAGGCCAUGGGGGCCGCCCUGCAGCAGCACAAGUUCCAGUACAUCUUUGAAGGUCUGGGUCAUCUGAUCUCCUGUAUUCUCAUCAACGGGGCCCAGUACUUUAAGAGGAUCAGCGAGUCUGGCAUCAAGAAGAUGUGCAGGAACAUCUUUGUCCUCCAACAAAACCUCACCAACAUCACCAUGUCCAGGGAGGCUGACCUCGACUUUGCCAGGCAGUACUAUGAAAUGCUGUACAACACUGCAGAUGAGCUGCUGAAUUUGGUGGUGGACCAGGGUGUUCGCUACACUGAGCUGGAGUACAUCAACGCCCUGUCCUUACUCCAUCGCAGCCAGACAGGUGUAGGAGACCUGAGCACCCAAAACAUCCGGCUGCAGAGGCUGAAGGAGAUCAUCUGUGAGCAGGCCGCCAUCAAACAGGCCACCAAGGACAAGAAGAUCACUACAGUGUAACGAUAAAACAGGACAGGGUCCAUAUGGGGUGGUUGAGUUGCCUGGAAAUCAGAUAAAGAUAUUGAAAUCAUUUCCCAAUGAUGAAA